AUGACCUUUAUCAUUACCGGGGUUCCGAGGGAGUGUGAUCAACCUGAGGGUCCUCCCUUGCGCCGGGAUAUCGAUAACUGGUAUCUCGAGCAGACGGUUCCAAAUAGCAAACGUAUCCAGCUCACCCUAUUCGUAGAAGCGCUGACCGCCUUGCAAAACACCGACUACACCGAAAAGCUGUCGUAUUUCCGUCUGGCUGGUAUCCAUAGCGCUCCCUGGACAGAGUGGGAUGGUGUACCUGGUCGCCCCUAUAACCCCGACCACCCCGACAACGAAGGCCGGGGCUUUUGUGUGCAUGGCAAUUACACCUUUCCGACAUGGCAUCGAGCGUAUCUGGCCUUGUAUGAGCAAGUCCUAUCCGAAGCCAUGGUUAGAUUUAUCAAUCAAUCUCAUGUGCCCGCUCAGGUAAAAGAAGAGUGGUUGAAUGAGGCAAAGCAAUGGCGUCUCCCAUACUGGGACUUUGCCCGGUUUCCCAAGCACCAACUCGACGGUCCUGAAGCCGACGAACUUCGACUGCCCAUUCUGGCCACAAUGCCCAUGGUUACCGUCAGCGUGAUUGGGCGCCAAGACAAGAUAAGAAGGCCCAAUCCUCUGUACAGGUUCUGUAUGGACAUCCCCAUGGGCGAGUUGCAGCAUCCAUAUCAGAUCACCGCUCAACUGUCCAGUGGAGUCACUCUUCCAUUCGACCAAUGCCAGUCCACCACCAAAUACGGUCUUAUGGCUGGGUAUAACGAGGGAAUCUGGUCUGAUGGUGGCCAGGACUGGCAGCGGGCCAAUCUGGCGUUGAAUGAACAUCCAUGGUACCAAAACAUGUAUGCCUGGGAUCUACUUCCAACCCUCCAGGACUCGACCUUCCGCCUGUUGACAACCCCAUUGGAAAACUGGGGAAUUUUCUCCAGCACCAAGUGGCAUGACGAUCGUGAUAUUGACAUUCUGCCUACCAACUAUAUGAACAUAGAGGCAAUCCACAAUAACGUCCAUAACUGGGUGGGAGGAUUCAUGUUUCGCCGUCCUGAGCAACAUGAUUUAAAGCUCUGGGGUGUCGGCCAUAUGAGCAAUGUUCCUGUUGCUGCAUUCGAUCCUAUUUUUUGGUUGCACCAUUGCAAUAUUGACCGCCUCACUGCGAUCUGGCAGUCGUUGAACCCUGACAAGUGGUUCGAUGACGACAGUCAACAGUCACGGAACGAUGAUCUGAAACCCUUCCACAAGGACAACAACGCAUUUUACAAGUCUGACGACGUGAGAUACUGGCGAAAAUUGAACUACGACUACGCGAUCACCCAGAUACCCGGCAACGACUUAUGCCAAGUAAGAAAUCCGGAGGAAAUCGAGGACGACGUGCGCAGACUGUACGGGAGAAGGAGGGAAGACCUGUACAGAGGCAAACAGGAAUAUGUUCUAACCAUCAAGUACAACCGGCAUGCAUUGAAAGGCAGCCCUUUCCAAAUUAACAUUUUCCUGGGACCAGUAGACCCCAAAGAUUUCUACGACUCUAGGUCCAGGAACUUCGUGGGCAGUGUUUUCAACUUCAGCGCCGCCAUCAAUAGCACCAACUGUGGCAACUGCAUCCAACAAGAGAAAGAGGGUAUUAUGUCCGUGGCCCAGCUUCCGGCCACCUUGGCAGUUCAUCACCACAAACAUAACACCGACAACAAGGACAAGAAGAUUCCGACCCCGCAUUAUGUCGUGGUCAAUAGUCAGGGUCAGGCCGUAGAUUUGAGUGACAACGUUCAAGUCGCUCUUUACGAGGGGGAGGAGCCAAGGGAAGGCGAACCUCCAGGCAACGGCCACAAGGGUAAAUACAGCAAAGUGUCCGAUGGAAAACCUGCCGAGGUGGAUAAAAGGUAUCGUGUAAAAGACAUCGGCAGGCCGGCGACUCCCUCCUUUACCCCCUCCACUUCCUCCUCUUCUUCCCUUUCUUCUUCACCCCUCGUAAUGGUUGCCCGAGAUGAAUGACGCAGAACAUUGGCCGAUAUGCAGUCCCCAUGAGGAUAUAUGCAAUCGACUGAAUGCCAUUCGGCAUUCAGCUUGGGAUGAGUCAAUCAUUAUAUCUAUCUUUUAUGCCGCAUGCAUUAACUUCAUACGAAGU